AUGCAUUUCUGGGAGUCUGUGCUCUGCGCUCUGUUAGCGACCCUCUUUGCUGUCGUUCUCGGGGGGCUCUAUUUGACCGGCGCGUUCCGCAAGAGGAGACCCAACGAACCGCCGUUGGACAAAGGCCUCAUCCCAUGGCUAGGACACGGGAUAAGUUUCAAAAAGAACCCUGCGGAGUUUUUGGAAAAGAUGCAGAAGAAACACGGGGAUAUUUUCACGGUGUUAGUGGGAGGCAAUUAUUUAAAUUUUAUGAUGGACCCUCACACUUACGGGACGGUCAUUAAAGAAUCAAAAGACAAGCUGGAUUUCGAUACGUUUGCCUCCAUGGUGGUUUAUAACGUUUUUGGUUUCCACCCGAGUGAAUCUCAUCAUAAGAUUGUCCAAGAAGUUAGCAAGAAAUAUCUCAGAAAUAAGAAUCUGGCUGAACUAAACCAGGCGAUGAUGCAAAAUUUGCAGAAGGUGAUGCUUCAGAACCUGGGAUCAGGCGGCGGAGAAAGACCGUGGCAGCAGGACGGCGUCCUCCACUUCAGCUACAAAGCCAUGUUCCAAGCUGCCUUCCUGACUUUGUUCGGAGCUGAUUCCCGCAAAAAUGGAGACCGCAAAGGAACUUCUGAGGAGAAUAGAGCACCACAGUGCAGUGAGUGGUUUGAAGAUUUCCAGAAGUUUGACAAUUACCUUCCCCAGAUGGUCAUGGGCAUGCUGGAUUGUGAAAGCAAGAAGGAGACGGAGAGGUUGAGGAAUUUCUUCUGGGAUGUGCUGUCUGUCAAAAAGGUAUUGGCGAAGGAUGAUAUCAGCAACUGGGUAGCUGAGCAGGAUCAACAGAUGUCCGAGGUUGGGAUGACCGAAAAGAUGCGGACUCAGUUCCUCUUUCUCCUUUUCUGGGCAUCGCAAUCGAACACUGGACCAGCUAACUUCUGGGUGUUCGUGCAUCUCCUGAAACAUCCGGAGGCAAUGAAGGCAGUGAAAGAGGAAGUCGACCGAAUCCUAAAGGAGACUAAUCAGGAAGUCAAGCCAGGCAGCCCCUUGAUCAAUAUCUCCUUUGAAACAGUAAAGACUCCUCUUCUGGACAGUGCAAUCCAGGAAAGUCUACGCUUAAAUGUAAGUCCAUUUCUGUUCAGAAGCAUAAUGGAGGACAUGGAGCUCAAAAUGGCAGACGGGAGGGAAUACAGCCUCCGGAAAGGAGACCAGUUCAUUCUCUUCCCCUUCAUUGGCCUCCAGAUGGAUCCGGAGAUCUACCCGGAUCCUAAGACUUUCAAAUAUGAUAGGUUCGUGAACCCAGAUGGCACAAAAAAAGAAUUUUAUAAAAACGGGAAAAAGCUAAAGUAUUACAACAUGCCAUGGGGGGCCGGACCUUCCAUGUGCCCUGGACGAUUCUUUGCUGUGAGUGAGAUGAAGUUGUUUGUGAUUUUGAUGGUCACCUACUUUGAGAUGGAACUGGUUAAUAAGGAAGAGAAGAUACCGCCAGUAGACCCAAGUCGCUACGGGAUUGGAACCACCCAUCCUUCUUGCGACAUCCAGUUUAGAUAUCGGCUGAGAAUCUAAGUGUAAAGUUGU